CAGGCAAGCUUCCGUGUUUACAGAGCUCAAACUGCGGUUGUGUAGCGGGUGCUACAGAUCGGUGAGCGACAGUUGCGGAGUUACGCGGGAGGAUGCGGUGCAGCCAUGGCAUUUCUUAAGCCCAGAGAGAGAACAAAAGAAAGGUUUUCCCUUCUGUUGCUGGAUUUGGAGGAAUAUUUCUUUGAGCAGCACACAGCGCACCAUGUUGUUCCAAACGGUUCAAAAAAAGACAAAAAAGUCCGAGGAUCCUUCAAGGUUUGCUCCAGAUCCAUCAUAUUUGAUCCAGAAGAUUUUGUGGAACCAAUUCUAAAGAUUCCCUUGCGAGAUUGCACUAACAUUGAGUUUGUGGAGAGGGAAACCAACCCCUUUAAUGAGCCUCGCCCAGCAGCUGUGUGCGUUUCAUGCGAGCAGGUUAUUUUCAUCAAGGAAGUGAAUGUCAUAGAAGCUUACAGAAAUGAACGAGGAUCAAAGAAAAUGACCUUUCAGUUGGAAGUUCAGAGCAAAACGGAGGAUGUUGUUCAGACUUUACUGCAGCUGCACAGGGCGUCUUGUUUGGAAAAACUUGGAGAUCAGACUGCAAUGAUUGCUGCGAAUCUGCAGUCACGUCUGGCAAGAUCCUCGUUUGACAAGAACUGCUUUCAGAGUGUUGCAGAGAAGCCUCACAUGGAGUGCACGGUGGAGAUGGUCACGCCUCUGGUAUCCAAUCCCGGCCACGUCUGCAUCACAGACGAAAACCUCUACUUCCAGCCUCUCAAUGGAUAUCCGGAGCAGGUGAUUCAAAUCAAACUGCAACAAGUACGAAGGAUCUACAAGAGACGACACGGACUCAAACCGUUGGGUCUGGAGGUUUUCUGCACAGAGAACGACCUCUGCUCGGACAUCUAUCUGAAGUUCUACAACACCGCAGACAGAGAUGAAAUCUACUACUACAUGGCGACUUUCCUGGAGAACCAUAUUACAGAGCACACUGCAGAGAGCUACAUGCUGCAGUGGCAGCGCGGUCACAUCAGUAACUACCAGUACCUCCUCCACCUCAACAACCUGGCUGAUCGCAGCUGCAACGACCUCUCCCAGUACCCCGUCUUCCCCUGGGUAAUCGCCGACUACGGCAGCUCACAGCUAGACUUGACAAACGCCGCCACAUUCAGGGACCUGAGCAAACCCGUGGGAGCCCUAAACAAAGAGCGACUGGACCGCCUGCUGGCUCGCUACAGCGGCAUGCCGGAGCCUCGCUUCAUCUAUGGAAGCCAUUACUCGUCUCCCGGUUACGUCCUCUUCUACCUGGUCAGAGUCGCUCCAGAGCACAUGCUGUGCCUCCAGAACGGCCGCUACGACCAUCCAGACCGCAUGUUCAACUGCAUCGCUGAAACAUGGAAGAACUGUUUAGAAGGAGCAACAGACUUCAAAGAGCUGAUUCCAGAGUUUUACGGAAGUGACUCCAGUUUCCUGGAAAAUCGUCUGAAUCUGGAUUUAGGCAGGCGACAGAACGGAAGUUUAGUUGGCGACGUCUCCCUCCCGCCCUGGGCCUCAGAUGCCAGUGACUUCCUUGAAAAGCACAAGGCGGCGCUGGAGAGUCCAUUUGUGUCGGAGCACCUGCACGAGUGGAUCGACCUGGUGUUUGGCUUCAAACAGCGAGGCAGCGAUGCUGAGGCUGCUCAUAACGUUUUUCACCCGCUCACAUACGAAGGAAACAUCGACUGCGACAGCAUCGAGGACACCGAUCAAAGAAUCGCCAUGUUGACACAGAUCCUGGAGUUUGGACAGACGCCCAAACAGCUGUUCAACAGCCCACACCCUCAGAGGAUCACGGCUAAGUUUCAGAGCACCAGGCGGAGCUCCAGCAUCACCUCGCCUGUCGGUGAGCUGUCGCCAGCCUCCCCGUGUGAAGACUCCUCCUUUGAAGACCUGACGGAUGAGAGCAGGAAGUUGGCCUGGGCAAACAUGGGCAGUCUGAAGGCCAGCUCCAGCUGCAGGAUGCAUAAGGAGGCUGUGACGGGCAUCGCUGUGACUCGAGAUGGAGCGUCCCUCUUCUCCACAUCCCUAGACUCAACACUUAAAAUGUUUUCCAAAGAGAUGGACUUCCAGAGGAGCAUGUCCUUCUCCAACAUGCCAUUGUCAUCCUGUUUGGUGUUGGCGGAUGGCAAAACUGUGGCGUGUUCUUCGUGGGAUAACAACGUAUAUUUCUACUCGGUCCCAUACGGGCGGCGGCAGGAUACGCUGAUGGGUCACGACGACGCCGUCAGCGAGAUGUGCUGGUUUGAGAACAGACUCUACACAGCAUCCUGGGACUCGACUGUUAAGGUCUGGCAGCUCGACUCCAACGAUUCAAGUGUGAAGAGAUCCCGCUUUGACUUGCUGGCUGAGUUGGAGCACGAUGAUGGGGUGAACACCGUGGGCUUGAAUGCGGCGGGAACUCUGUUGGGGUCUGGCUGCAAAGAUGGGACGCUCACCAUCUGGGACACGAGCAGCUUUGAGGUUUUCCAGCAAGUCCAGUGUCACACUGGAAACAUCCACCACUUGGCUUUCAGCCCAGACAGCAGACACAUCCUCAGUGUGGGCUCAGACUCCUGCAUGAAGAUGACAGAUGUGCAGACGGGCAUGGUCAUCUCUGCUGUGAAGGCAGAGGAGGAGCAGAGGUGCUUCUGCUGGGACGGGAGCUCAGCGCUGUGUGGGGGUCAGUCCGGUGACCUCAUUCUGUGGGACUUGCUGAGCAACACUGUGACCACCAAGAUCCCCGCACACUCAGGUGCCGUCACAGCCAUGUGGAUGAAUGAGCUGGGCAACACCGUGAUCACAGGAGGAGAAGACAGACAGAUGUUCUUCUGGAAAGUCCAAAGCUGAAAUCUAAAGUUCCUUUCUUUGAACCCACGCCUCCAGCUGGAGAGACAGAGUGCAAUAGAUGUGAUGAGGCGGGCCAUAGAUCCUGCUAUCCACACAAGCAACGGGCUCAGGAAGUGAAAGCGUUUCGUCAAAGUAGUGUUUGUUAGUGAUAACGGCCUGUAAUCACUCUUGGCUGUUUGCUCUGAUAUUUAAUGUCAUAAAACGUCCAGCUGCAGCUUUUGCAUGAAUGCAGGAAGAUAUGUGCGCUCGCCUUCAUUUUUGACUCUUUUAACCUGCCGUGUUUUAUUUUUUUUGCUCCAUGUCGUGGUCAUGUGGGAGUCGAUCAGAGUCUUGAAGAUCAAAGUAUGAGUAUCCGUUGGAUGAAAAAAAUGUUACUGUGCUUUUUGUAAGAAGUGUUAACCUUACAGCUAUAACGGCUUUUUUAAUCAUUUAAGAGUUUGCACGCUUCUCAGGUGUUAUUAAAAAAACAGUUACCUCUAAA